UAUUAAUUUGCAUUUUCUGAGAACAUUUAUCAAAGUAGAGAUUUCAACAAACAAAAAACACCGCAACUUUUUUAAAAAAGCAGAUAUUUUGACGUGAGAUUUUUCGAUUGAAAAUUAGGGUGCUUUUUGGAUAUUAAGUCAAAAUAAGGUGAAAAAAUGAAUAUUUUAAAUCAAAAAAAAUAUUUUAUGUUUGGGACAUACAACGUGAAACGCCAACGCCGUAAAAUUUAUAAAAAAAUGAUUAUUUACAUUUAUGUAUUACAAGUAAAAUAAUAAAUUGUACACAUAAUAAUGUCUCUGCUUCAAAAUUUAUCCUACGAAGACUAUCAGCAAGCUCUGACAUUUUCAAAGGAAAAAUGUGAAAUUAUUGCUGAAUUAGCCAAUUUAAAAAUCACUCUUGAUGACACAAAUAAGCCAGGCGAAAAGUUGAUCAAGUACUUAUAUCGCCGAGGCUACAGCGCUGCCCAGUACAAACAGUUUCUUUCAAAUUCCCAGCAAGUUAAAACUAUAGUUACUUAUUACAAACCACAGUCUAAAAUUGCCAUUUUAAUAGCUAACAGUAGUUACAAUGACUUAUCGAAACUGGCCACUCCAUCAGUAGACUGCGACUCUCUAGCUGCAAGUUUGAAAAAUCUAGGAUUCAUUGUGUUAACUUUGAAAAAUACUUUGAGCUCAGAAUUACAGAACAUACUGGUUAAAAUGGUGGAUGUGAUACCUGAAGAUUCAUAUUGCUUCAUUUUCUAUGCAGGACAUGGUUGCGAGCUGUGCAAUACAAAGUGUAUGCUUUGCAUUGAUUGUCCAACAGAAAACAUUGAAAUGAAGCAUUGUGUCACUGAAAAUUUUGUUUUGAAAGAGGUGGCGCGUUGUAAACCAGACCUUUGUAUUUUUAUAAUGGACAUGUGUAGGAUGAAUUUGGAUAGGUGUAGCAAUCCUAAAAUGUUUGAAGCAUUGGCAAAUAUAGAAGAUUACACGAUACAUAGCAAUCUUCUAGUGGUUUACUCAACACAGUCUUCUGCUUAUGAAGUAUUGCAAAUAGAAUGUUCAACUACUAUAGAUGCAAAUGUAACAUAUGAAUUGAAAACAGGGGACACGGAUAAAAUAUUGCCAGGAAGUAGUCAAUAUGUGAAUGCGCUGUGCACAAGGCUAGGGGAUGACUUGGAUAUCAGUAAUUUAUUGGACAAAGUUCAUGGAGAUGUUGAGAAAUCAUUUAGAAAACAGAGGCCAAUAAAAGUUCAAUGUGGAGUGGCCAAAAGAUCUCUAUAUGAUCCAGUAAAAGGAAAUGUAGCAGCAGUGUUGGCAAAGGUGAAAGAUGAAACAAAAGAAUUUAAAAAUGCUGUGAUAUUCUAGGAC